AAAGAGAAACAGAAAUAGAGAAAGAGAGAAAAAACGACAACCAGAGAGACAGAAAGAGAGAGAGAGAAAAGAGAGUCCGUUAAUUUCAGUUUAAAAAAAAAACAGAGAAGAAAAUUUCCACAAUGGUAGUUUCAGACGAAGAAGUAUCCGAAGCAAUACACUCACUGUUCCGAGAAACAAACCCUAGAACCAGAACUUUCACCACAUUGAACCAAGUGGUUCACGAGCUUCAAUCCAAACUCGGUCACGAUCUUACCCAUAAGCUUGAUUUCAUUACCUCUCAGAUCAAUCUCCUUUUCGCUUCUCAACAACCACCUCCGCAAGUUCCGUGUAGGCAGUUACAACAUCCGCAACAACCUCCACCACCGCAACAGCAACUUCAACAAACUCAACAAACUCAACAACUUUGUUUCUCUAAUAAAGACCGUUUUGCCCUUCACCAAAACCCUAAUCCCUAUUCUGAUUCGGUGUUUCGUAACAACCCUGUUGCUGUUUCUGCCGCUGGUGGUGAUGCUACUGUUGCUCAGCCCAAUGUGGUUCCCAAGGACAGUACUCAACCUAAGCCAAAGAGAAGAGGUGGUCCAGGAGGUCUCAACAAACUUUGUGGGAUUUCGCCGGAACUUCAGGUCAUUGUUGGCCAGCCGUCAAUGACGAGGACUGAGAUUGUGAAGCAACUGUGGGCGUACAUAAAGAAAAACAAUCUCCAAGAUCCUAGCAAUAAAAGGAAGAUAAUUUGCAACAAUGAGCUGCGUAUGGUGUUUGAGACUGACUGUACUGAUAUGUUCAAGAUGAAUAAGUUGCUGGCUAAACACAUAAUCACCCUUGAACCAACCAAGAAGCCUGCCCCGAAGAAACAGAAGGUAGAAAUGGAGUUGGGAGCAAGAAGUGCCGAACCUACUCCUUCUGUAAUUAUUUCUGAUUCACUUGCUAACUUUUUUGGCGUUACUGGACGGGAGAUGCUACAGACAGAGGUUCUGAAACGUAUCUGGGAGUACAUAAAGGUCAAUCAUCUAGAGGAUCCUGUUAAUCCUUUGGCAAUAAUGUGUGAUGCAAAGCUUAAGGAGAUCUUUGGCUGUGAAAGCAUUUCAGCAUUGGGGAUACCUGAAGUUUUGGGCCGUCAUCAUAUUUUUAGGAGAUCAUGAUUCUGACAACAUUCUAUGUGACAGAUUGCGUGAUGUUAAUUCAAGUAUAGUACAAGCUGAUCUUGACUGCAUGUUGAUAUGGUUCUGUAAUUUAUAACUAAUUAGACCGAGUCGUGUUUAGUUUAUGUUGAUAUCUGAUAACUUACUAGUAGAAGGAAGAUGUUAUAGUGACUGUGGUUUUUGUCUAACUUGGCACUUAGGUUAGAGUGACCUGUUGGUAUUCUGAAAUAUAUAUGUAAAAUGCUGACAAUAGGAAAGAAAAUGAUGUAUCCUUGAAUCAUGACUAUAUGCUAUUAUUAAUAUGUAGUUAAAGUUAAUGAAGAUGCAGUUUGCUAGAUGUA